AUCUCGUCUCGUUUUGAAGUUGGUGUUGCUUUAUAUGAAGCAGAUGAUACAUUUGAUCAAGAAUCGAAUGGUGAAGACUAAUGAACAGUAAGAAAGUAUUUCUGAAAGAUUGACAGGAGAAUUAUAGCUCGUAUAUAUUCUUGUUUCCUGGAGUGAACACUGUUAUUGUCAUGGAAAAGGAAAACAUUGACAUGGACAAUUGGCAUGGGCAAUGAUGAAAAUUCAAAAUUUCAUUGGUGAACUUUGGCUGUUGUUAUGCUAUCAUUCAUCACCAAUCAAGAUACAUGCUAAUCCUGACCAAUUUAUUUCAGUAUAGUGUAAAGUGAAUGCAAGAACCAGGAAAUAUUUGUUGAUAUGAAUUUAAAAGGCUUGUUCCAGGAAUUUAACCCAAGCAAGUUCUUGAUCUAUUCAUCUGCAUUUCUAUUCACAAUAUUGUUGGGACUGAGGCUUGAUAAAAUUGUUGACUGGAGUUUUUUGGUAAUAUUUGCACCACUUUGGAUAUGGAAAAUAACUGUCUUUGCUGGAGCAAUAACUGGGACUCUUGUUUGGAUAAAGCACCCCGAGUAUAGGAGAGAAGAAAACUCAGAGCUACAUGCCAUGCUGAUAUGUGCAUUUUUCCAUCUGCUUUUGUUUGUUUUUGAAUUACUGCUUUGCUCAAACCUCAGUGGCUUUUCAUUAGUUCCUUUCAGAGCAGUUUUUUCGCCAUUAUUUGUCAUGUCAGCCUUAUCAAUUGCUGCCUGUAUUUGGGGUUUCAGACAUGACAGAUCACUUGAGCUAGAGACGUUCUUCUCAGUCAAUGUUUUGCAGUUCAUUUGCUUGGCAUUAAAACUGGACAAUGUGAUCAGCUGGAAGUGGGUUAUUGUCUUCGUGCCAUUAUGGAUCGUCCUCACACUGCUGUGUGUUGUUGUUAUCUAUUACGUCAUAUGGGCAUUGCUGUUCUUACGUUCACCUGAAGUGACACCAAGACAAAGAAGAGGCCAUGUAAUUUACGCAACCCUGUCGUGUUUCAUGAUUUUCCCUUUGCUUUCAUUCAUUAUUGCAUUGUCAAGAAAGCUGGACAGCGUCAACACUGAUUCAUUUGCCGCUGUUUUUAUACCAUUGCAACUUUCACUUGCAAGUCUGAUCAUAAGUUCGUUUUACCAAAAAGGAGGAAAUCACUGGUGGUUUGGAAUUCGCAAAGAUUUCUGUGAAUAUCUUCUGGACAUAUGCCCGUGCUUGCGAGAGUACGGUAAUGUCUCAUACAAGUUCGCGGAUACACUAGCACCUGUAAGAGAUGACUCUGACCCACAAUCAGUUGAGAGAAAGCCUUUGAAACUGGAACAGCACACUGCAAAUUCUUCGGAUCAUUGCUUGGAGGUGCCAGACUAGUGAGGAGGGCUAAAGGUGUUGAAAACUCUCCUUUGUUGAAACACAUGCAUCGUCCAAUCAUCUGACUUCAAGGCUUCCAUGUCCAUGUACAAUGUGAAGGUUAUUGCUCCAAAACAAUAAUUUGGGAAUAGCUUUUGGGAAUAGCUUUUGAAAUUGGCUAAUGGAAGUUUAGGAGAAGUCAAACCAAGGCAUCGAUUCUCUGCUGCGACUUGUCAUCAUUUCUUGAACAGAAACAAUGACAUUUAUCAGAAUUCCACACACUGCCAUUGUCAUGGAAUGAAUGAAAUUCCAUGAAAUAUAUCCACUUUUACGGUACUGGGGAAAUAUCUUCAGGCUGACGGUUUUGUAACAGUGUUUAAUGCAUGCAGUUGUUUAAACAGAUUAAUAAACCAUUAUCGAUCAAAUGAUCAAACAUGAUGUAGAAUGAGUUUUUUAUAUUUAUCAAUUCAUGAUAAA